AUGAAGGAAAAGAAGGAGAUUCGAGAGAAACAAGCAGCAACCCAUGAGUCCAUAGCAGAGGAAAAGCUUAAGCUUUCGGCGGCUCAAGCCAAACUGAGGUGGCUCAAAGGAAAAGUAAGUUUUACUUGUAGCUUGCUUGCAAAUUCUCUGUUUUACCAAUUUAACCCCAAUAUCCACCUACACUGUACAAAUUCUCCAAACUGAUCUCCAUACAUUUCCUCAAAGAAUUAGCUGAGAGAAAUUAAUAUUAAAGGUCAAACCAUUGUCCCUUUGGUGAUUAUUAUUCAUUCUCAGAACCUUUUCUCUUGAUUGUGUAUUGAUAUUGUUAAGAGAAAACUGAUGUUGGUCACUCUCAAGACUUGUAGUGGCCUGGUCUCUCCAAGUGACCAUGAAAUGUAUGAAAAUGAAUUUGCACACCCUUUUAGUACAGUCGGCUCAUUGUCAUACUACCUUUCAGAAACAACAAAUUGAUCAGGAUCAAUUCCCAACUGUAUAGGGUCUAGCAGCGUAAGAAACGGCUCCAUAAUAUCAUGUACUAUUGUAUACUGUAGGCACGUAUUGUCUCUGUUUUUGUAAGCUAUUUAAUAUGUGAAAUGGUAUGAUUUUGCUGCAUGUGCCUAUUCAGUACUCUGAAAGCAACAAUACAUGUAGGUUUCAGUUGAAGUCUUAUGUGUCAUACAAGUACAAGGUAUACACUUCUGUGGUGCAUUACUUUGCAACUUUGGCUGGGGAGAGUUGCAGGGUUGUGGAAAUAGGGCAGCACACUGUGCAUAUCACUCUCUACUCUGAAUUACACAUACGCUGCUUUGCUUAGCAGUUCUUUUCAAUGGCAUUAAAAGAAAAUUGGGGUUACUGUUCAAACUCGCCUAUCUUCUUUAAAACGUUUCUUUCUGUCGUUGCCCUGGGUUAAAAUUGUAUUUUUUUAAACAGAUUGUUAAUGCUAACAAUGAGGUUGCAGUACUUCCGGAAGGACGUCAAGAUAAAGGCCGGAAAAGCAGCUGUGAAAAGGAAAAUUUCCUCUCUUCAGUUUCAAGAUCUCGGAGAAGAAAGCAACCCACCUCUGAUGAGCUGUCAAUGAGGGCAAAGCGAAGAAGAGUGUUGGAGACGUAUAAUGCUGCCACAGAAAUCCAUGGCGACACAAGGGAGAGUAACGAGGCAGCUGCAACUGGACUUGUAGAAACCUUGGACACCAAGUUUUCCAAGAAACUUGUCAGUUCAUUAGUAUGUAACAAAUCUAAGCUGGCCAAAAAAAUUGCAUUUACUUUUCAUAAGGCUAAGUGCAAGGUGUAUGAAAAUAGUGAUGAGAACUUUCGUAAGGAAGAAACCAUUGAGACAUGUGACUGAGUAGAUCUUGUGGAAUUAAGCUUUGUGAAGCAGAAUGUUUUGCAACGACGCGUUAGUGAACUUUUAAAUGAACCUCCCUACGGCCGACAAAAUCAAACAAACAAGCGCUACAUGUUCAGAAAAACUAGUGCAAUGAAAUCAUAAGAUAAUUUCUGACUAACCUUUGCGAUAAUUCAUCGCGUUGAGAUUGCAUUUUUAUUUAUAUCUUUCAAACGUUUGAGGCUAGAGCAAAUCAGGCAAAUAUUACCGGACUUGGAACUAUUGACCUCUGACACGAGUUUCACAUCAGAAAAGCUGUUUUUAAAGCGAGCAGAACGAGAUUUUUGGGUCGCGAGGCGGCCCUGCUAGCGACAAAAUCGCGAUGAGUCUUCGUGCCGCGAGCCAAAUUUUAAAUAAGACGAAAAACCUCUUCGAAAGUCUAAAAAAUAUUACUUAAGAAUGUAAACAACAAAUCUCUGUCGGCGGUGCGGUCCGGAAGGAAAUCUUGUCGACUCAAUAUGACAGUUCUAUUGUCUUUAGAAGGAAAAAACAGAUGACGCUCGCGCGUGCGCACAAUCGGGACACUGUCCCUUUAAGACUGGCUAUGUUUUAAGAACAUUUAAAUCGACUGUUUAACUUCACUAGCCUGAUGAAUUUCUUUAAGAACUGUAUUUCUUCACCGUAUUAAAAUAAGACGCGGAGAGUUACCAGUCACAUCAAAAAACUUUCGUGACUUAAAGCACUCCUUAAGAAUAAAGGGAAGGUCAACAUACACAUGCAAAAUACUUCAUUCUACUUCAUAAGGCUAAGUGCAAGGUGUAUGAAAAUAGUGAUGAGAACAUACUUAGAAGUGUGUCAGUUUACUAUAGCAUGGGUGUCAUGGGCAAAAAGAAGUACAUGAAAGUGCGCCAUUCCUUUUCAUUUAAGAGGAUACUAUCCAAGGGGGAAAAAAUUUUCUUGCUUAAAAGUAGCGAACUGCCAUGUUUCUGCUCUUUUGCCAUACUACAAACUUGUUCAAUUUCUUGA